AUGUCGGCUGGAGGCAGUAAACGCUACGGCAGUGGCCGUAGGCUCUUGUCACCUGGAAGCUUUGUUAGGAGCAUAGAGAAGAGAUCUGACUCUCGGAGUUCGUGGCUCAAGUCCCAUGGAAGGAUUUACGUCCGCUGUGACAUUCUGGACACAUUUAAAACGCUGAAAGCUCAGUGUGUCUUCUCCACCGACACUGCUUUCUUGCAGCAUUUGUUGUCGUUUGAGAUGCGAAGGCAACAAAGGUGAGAAAAUAAGACUUCUACAUUUAUAUUGCUUUUUAGUCUAAGCUGCAACGUCGAAUCUAACUACCUAUUAAAUAUUACUGUAUUUUAACAGUUUAAAAGCCAAGCAAGCCAUGAAGAAGAGUACGGAAGAGUCAAGUGCAGUACAACAACCCCAAGCAGGUAAGAUGCACAAGAUCGAUCUGGAAUCCCUGUUGAGGGAUGUGAGCAGUGCAUGUGGCCGGAACAUUUAUGGACACAGUCCAUCGGGAUUAAUUCUGCUUUCAUUGAAAUAAAAGUUAUAAUAUGUUGUAUAUUGUUUUGCAGAUGAUUCUAAUUUCCACACCUCGACCCCUGUGAAAAGAGGCCAGUAUGACGGUUCUGUCAUUGCUCCACCAGUGGAAAGUCCAGUUGCUGGAAUGGCUGGUGACAAUAGGUAGGUUGUCAUUUCGGUAUUGAUUUUUUGUUUCCAUAUUUCACAUAUCUGUCUCGGACAUAACGGUGAAGGAGCAAUUUGAAGUUCUUCCUGUGAUAAAAAUUUUAGAUGCAUCAGGUUUUCAUUGAGUGAAUGUCUGAACAUUCAAUAAAUCAUGAUGGAUGAGGAAGAAAGUUUUAGUAACUAUUCUUUCAAGUAGUUCAGUUUGGUAUUUCCCUUUGGUUUUUUUCUUUCUUUAUUUAUUUUUGUGCACGAAAACCUCUGUUAGCUAGGUACAACAGUACUUUUAGAGAGAUGUUUAUUGUAAAUCUGCUGCACCUUUUCCACAGUGACAUUGACAUCACAGGCACCGACCACUCUGAGGUCAACUCAAAUAGUGACAGUAGCAGCAACUCUUCUGCGACAGAUUCGUUUGCAGAAAGUGAAGAUGACAACUGCUUCUUGUAAGUAUGAAAAAGCACGUUGAUCUUCCCAAUAAUUUCGAAAGGUGGUGUUAUGAUCAUUAGGUUGUGCUUUUCUUGUCAACAUUUUUCUCAUCAAUUGAACCAAACCAUCAAUGGGUUAGCUGUGUUGUCAUUUCCAUAUUCUUACCAAAAUUUCUGCUGUUAUUUACAACUCAUGCUUUUUGCCUGUGGGUUUUCUAUGCUUUCUAUUUAUCAAUGAACUCAAGUAGUUUACUUUGUAUUUUGUAAACAUACUAAACUAUUUUCCUUGUAUUCUAGCUGAUGCUUUUAGACAGAUAUUCCACUCACUUGAUGUCUGGCAUAAGUCAAAAGGAAUCCGGAAGUGUCUUUCAAAUGUGAGUUAGAGUUGAUAUUAUAUUAAUUUUGCAGUGGCCACAAAGAACAAAUUUAGUGUAAUUCUUUCUAAUAUGUGACUCUGUCCCAUGUAUUGGCAAGACUCAUUCCUAUAAAUAGAACAUAAACAUACAUUGUGUUGUCACUUGUAAAUACGCCCAUGUAGUGUACUUCACUGUUGUAUAUUUCCAGGGUAAUCAAAUCAUAUCUUUAACCAAUGGGCCAGGAAUGGACUAAGAAAUGUUGUUAACAUAAUCUGUAGAGAAUUAAAUGCUCAAAGUUUGACAAUGAUGAUUGGACUGUCAAUGUAGGUUUAUUUUUUUGAGUCAUUGCAUUUAUCUCUGCCAGAGAGAAAAAUUUAAGGCUUGUUAUUGAUCUUCUGUAGGUGGGAAGUGCAAAGGGGAUGGAUAAAGUGGCCCUUUGGUCUGACCACAUUGUUAGACACUUUUGGCACUGUUGCAGUCUGGCAUCUGAAGUCGAAGGCAAUGACCUAGAAGCUCUGAAGAUAUUGAAGGUAAUUCCAAUUUAUCAUCUUUUUUAAAGUAAUUAAUAACAGGGCUGUCGGUAAGAGGUGAUGGGUCUAUGUGGCCCCCAGCUACACUCAAAGGAAAAUAGAAGAAAAAUGGAACCAAACGAAACCCCCCGUUGUUUGAUUCUGUGCCUACUUAUUUUAUGUACCAAGCAACUUGAAAUCUUAGUGACAGCUCUGAAUCAAUUUUCAAAGACUUUUUUGAAAAUUAUCACAUUAUAUUACUUCAGGCCGUAAAAACUUUGUUUCUUCACAAUGUUUUAGGGUCUGUUUACAUGGAGGUGGGGGACCUCCGAUAGGUGAGGUAAAAUGUGGUGGGUCACCCCGUCUGUCAAAUUAAAAUGAGAUAUUAUAUGGACAAGCGGGAUACCCCACCAAAGCGGGUUACCUCACCUACAUGGGGUUCCCUACCUCCAUGUAAACAGACCCUAUGUCAUUAUCAUCUUGUUAUAUCUGUUUCAAUGAAAUUUUACUAUUAUGAAAUCAGGAUACCUGGAUCUCACUAUUACACCAUGUGUGCAAUCAACAUGAGUGGGCUGAUGGCCAUUGUGACCACGAGCCAAUCACUGAGGAAAACCACCAGCUUCCAUGGUUUGACAGGAGAUCCAAAGAGUUUGAGGCACUGGAAAAAAUUAUCCUGGAUCCUGACCUUCUUGAAAGUUUCAAGUACUACACCAGAUUUAGGUAUAUAAGGGGAACCCUGUUUUCAUAAGAAAGACUAAAUAUAUAUCUUAUUUCAAUACGUUGGUUUAUUCAAAUAUAAUGUUUAUGGAUGACUGUUAUGGUGUUCAAAGAAAAAAUAUUUUGGUUUGUAUUCCUGUCUGCUUGGUCCUUGGCAAAAGAAAUGUAGGGAGGAAACUUAAAAGAAUAAUGUGUUAAUGAAUACUAUUUCAAUAACUCUGAGCAGCCCCAUUCCUUAAACUAAGCUCAGUAGUGUUAACGUUGUCAGGCUUAGGCAAGGGUUUAUUUUUUAUUGCCACUGUGGACCUUGUGAAAACCUUCUUAAGGUGUUGGCCAGCCCCUAAAUGCCUUUCUAUGUCAAGCUCAAUUCAUUGUCCUUUUUUAAUUAUUACAUGUAUAUUUAACCAUGUUUUUCAAAAAUAUUUAUUUUACUUUUAGGCAUACAGGCGCAUUAGAACGAGCCAACUCUCUGUCAUUGAUGUAUGCCAGCAAGAGAAUUUCCUACACGUAAGUAACGACACUUCAUAGUUUUAAAAGUUCAUAGUAUUUAUAUUAUCUGUAGGGUAUAGCGAAGGGGAGCUCAAAUAUUGUUGUAUACUUCAAAAAAUUGCACUGUGUGAACAAAGGUCUCAUUGAACACUGUCUAUUUUGAUCAAUUGUUCUUUUUAGGGAGAAAGUCUACAAAGCAAGAAAACAAUUAGCUGCCAUUGACUGGAACUAUCACCUCGAUAUUCCUGAACAAGAAGAUGUGCUAGGCGAGGUUGCUGUGACCCGGAAGUACAACCAAAGAACAAAGAGUUGGAAUGUGAAAAUUGUAAAGCAGGCCAAAGACUAUGGUUAUAUUUGGAUGCUUCUGGCUAAAGUGUUUCGUCUACGUGUGGAGGAUAAUGAAAAUAUGCAGAGGGCGGUCCCAAUGGAACCUGAUGACCCAAGGAGGAUAGCCCCUACAAUUGCUGUGGUGCCACCCCCACCUUCACGCAAGCUCUUUAUUCAGCACAGCAGCAGGUUUAAGAAAAACUAG